GUUUGUUUUAGCAAGGUCGAUAAACAGCGCGUACCUUGGGAUCCUGUUGUCACUCGAGACAGCGUGAGUUUGUGCGGAGGCUGGUUGAAAAGCUAUUUGUGACCGGAAUUUCGAUUUAGCUGAGUUGGUCCCUAAAUAACCUGCUACCUUUUCGCAUGUUUCGGCAGUUCAUCAGUCAAGAACGUGAAAGUUAUGCGAUCAUAUUUUACUAAAUAACAUUUUCGGAUAUAUCUAACGAGAUGGAAGUUAUUGUUGAGUACGACUAUACUGCUGAAGAAAAUGACGAAUUGACAAUUAAAAAAGGGGAUAUCAUCAGGGAUGUUUCCCAGUUUGAGGAGGGUUGGUAUAUUGGAUGUUUAAAUGGCCGCAUCGGAGUUUUUCCAGAUAAUUUUGUGAAGGUUAAAGCGCCUAUGCAGUCCAAAGUUUCGACUAUUGCAGUUCCUGAGAUUGGGUCAAAAGAGACAAACGAUAAUGAUAAUAAUAUGUCGAAUAGUGAUUACGAAAACAGUAAUAUUAAUACUACUACUAAUAGUCAGUCAAGUUCUGCAACAAAACCCAAACCUGUUUGUGGCAUUGGUUUAGGCAAUAUCUUCAGUGGUCAACCUAUUCAAUUAAAACAAACCGCUUUAAAAGAAGUGGUCAAUAAGGAAAAUGAAUCAGUACUUGAAAGGGAUAUCGGAAACAGUAAAAUUCUUGAUGAUACUUCAUCGAAUUAUCUAACAAACCAAGUUCGAGCACGUUAUGAAUAUAUGCCGAAACAGGCAGAUGAGUUAGAAUUACACGUAGAUGAUAUUAUUCAAGUAUUAGAUCGUAAUCUACCUGAUGAUGGUUGGUGGAGAGGUAGAAAUAUGCGUACAAAUUUAAUUGGUAUAUUUCCGGACAAUUUCGUUUCACCUAUUAAUGGAACAAAUAAAGAAUUGGAUGAAAGUAAAUUACAGUAUUCUAGAAAUCCAUCUAAUGUACCAAAUAAAAGUGUAUCUGUCAAAACAAUAACACUACAAAAUGGUAACGAUAAUACUACAAACAGAUGUCCUAAAAAUACUAAUUCUACACUUCCACCAAACUCAAAUAAUCCAACUGCAUUCGAUACGAAUCGAAUAACCAAUAAUAAACCAACAUCACAUAAUUCCUCUACGAGAGCAGCUAUUGUUUCAAGUUCUGGUAUGAUAAAUUAUCCACCAAAUAAUUUUACAAAUACUGUAUCUACCGUGGGAUCAUUAUCUUCAGUGGUAAGAUCAAAUUCUAUGGGCAAUUCAUUAAAUAUUAAUCAACCAACUUCCGUUACAACAAGUUCUGGUCUAAUUCAAGGAGAAAGUAGUUCAGCAAUCAAUGGUAAAUGGAGAUCAACUGGCAAACACAAUUCUUACGAAUUAUCAAAAGUUCACAAUGGAGAUGAUGGUGAUACAAAGUCUUUGGAUAAUACAAAUGUACAAAGGUUAGUUGGGUAUACAAGUGAUAGACCACGACAAACUGGUCGAAGACUGCCUACAAAGUUGUCUAACGCUACGAAUGCGGUUCCUGAUUUUACUCACACAUUGAAUACUCCAAUUCCAUCUAGUAUUGCAGCGUCAAAACCAAAUGAUGCUCAUGUGUAUGAUGCAUCAAUGACUAGGACUAAUGUAGCAUGUAUAUCAGCGAAUCAUGAAAGCAAUGUUGGUUCAAUGAGUGCUGAUCAAAUUGACAAAUCUAGUGAAUCGACAUAUAAACAGCAAGGACGAACAUCUAGUCAUGCUACAAAUCCAUCACGUGCCGCUAGUCUUCAAGGCAAUGAAAUCUCAAAUGGUUCGGCAGAAUUAAAUCGAAGCUCUGAAAAUCUACUCAUCUCAUCAAAUCAAGCAGUAUUAAAUCAUCGUAAUAAAAACCAACAAAAUGAUAUACAACAUCAAUUUGACCAAUUUCAAAGUGAGAUUAAACAACAAUUACAUGAUAUUCGUCGUGAAUAUGAUACAUUAAAGUUUAGGUAGUACAACAAAAAGUUGUCCAACGGAGCCGUAAAUCUUUCUUUUCAUUUCAAAAUCAUCUAAAUUAAUAGAUAAUCAAAUAACAACUAAUAUCAUAUCCAUUCCUUUGACACGGAAUUAAUUCAACUUCGAACAUCUCCGCUAAUUUAUGGCUACAACUUUGACGUAGUUGACUUCUACUAGAUAAUUACUUGUAUAGAGAACAUUUUUAUGUUUUUACUAUGUAGUGUACCAAAGUAUACUUAAUUUAAUUUCGAAUGAUACUUCAACCACUUCGAUUUCUUUCAUUAAACUUAAAAAAACGAUAUCUUGAGUACACUGAUUAUUACCAUCUACGACCUACAACUACUGUUCUUUCUCUUUAGCUUUAUUCCGAUUCUUAACCUAAACUUUUUGAUUUGAUUUUUAUCAUCCCCUCAUUUACUCAUAAAAUAAUACUUCCUAUAAUUCUAAAUAGUUUCUGGUCGAAUGCAACAUAUAUCACAGUCGGUUUAGUCAAUACAAACUAGAAUCUCAUCAAUAUAUUUCUCACCAACUGAUCAUCAAUCCCUUUUUACUUGGUUAUUUCACCACGACUUUGUUGUUCUAUCAAAUCAAUUCCAACCUUUACAUAGAUUUCCUUUGCAUAAUUCUCUGAUUUUUUAUUUAAAUAUUGUAAUUUACAUUAUAGUUGUUGCAUUGGACCUAUUCUGGGUUAUUUAAAAUAAUCUUCAUAUGGUUUUAUGAAUUUCUUUUAAAGGAAAUGCAUGUACAACUUCGAAAUGAUUGGUUAAAAGGACAGAAGUGUUUAACUGAACGAUUUCAAACUCUUAUGAAUGAACUUGAUGAAAUUAAGAAAUUAAGAGCCAACGAUGCCAUCGAGUUAUCUAGGUUUCGUAAAAUUUUAAUGCAAUUAGAUGCAAGUUCGCUUAUCGAUUCAUCGAAUCACAUUAAUUUUGGUACCACUGAUAAUGAGGACAAGUCUUUAACUGAUACAGACGUUACAGAGUCGACUACAAAUGUAUUAAACCAAAAAAGUGUUAAUUUUAGAAAAAAUCCUUUGAAUGAAACUGAAGAAAAUCAUAGAGAUCAAAAUGAGAACAUUGGUUUAUUUGAUAAUAAAUAUCAAACAAAUCAACUAAAAUCAACAUCCGUUAAACCUUCACUUCGUCCUAGACCUAUUCCAACUUAUGGAACUGUCAGUAAUAUGAGUAAUUAAAAUUCUUGUUGCUUCUAAACUUUUCUGAUAAAUUUUACUUUGUUGAGUUAUCACUGCAGAGACUGUUUGCUUGAAUAGAUCUAUCGACCUACGUCAAGAAUUAAAACUAUUCAACGUUGUAAGUUCAAAUAAUGAUAAGGGAUUUUUGUAAAUAAAUCCUUCCAUUCAAUUGUUUGCAUUCAUUACUUUUUAUUUCUAAUAAUUCCUUGUUGCACAUUCGUAUACAAAAACAUAUCUACUAUACGUUUAAAUAUUUAUACCUUGAACUUUUUUCACUAGUUAAAGAACAUUGAUCAUUUUUAAUUAUUACAGGUUAUUUAUUAUAACUUCAUUUGGUUUGAGUAAAUACUAUACCCAUUUUACUUCGACUUUUUGAGGUAUAGUCACUUUGAUUUUACCGUUAAAUGUUACAAUAUUGCUUCCCCAAGCUUAUCUCCUUUAUUCUAUAGUUUAAAUUGAUUUAGUUUUCGAGAUGAAACAAUUACUUGACGAACGAAUUUUGUUUCACUUUUAUAUUUUGAUUUUACGCUAUGUAAGCAACCUAAUUUGUCGUCUGUUAUGCCUUAUGAAAUAUUUAUUCAGUAUUUUGAAUACGUAAGCAUAUAAACUAACUCCUCUAUAAUCUGAUAACUGAAUCAAAUAUAUUUCUUGUUACAUUAAUUUGAAGUUGGUAAAUAAAAUCUGUACGAUAAA